UCUGGUCUCUCUCCUUUUAUCCCUUCUGUUUUUCUUCACCAACAACUCAUUUUCAGCUUUCAUUUCAAACCCCCAUCGAUCCAUAUUUGAAUGCAUACAUGUGUGCUUAUGGGAUGUUGUUAUCUGCGGUGUUGAAAAAGUUUUGAAUUUUAGAAAUCUUGGAAACAGCUAUGGGAUGGUGUUAUCUGUGGUGUGCUUAUAUAUGUUGGGAGUCUCAAAGCUUCAAUCUUUGCGUGAAAUAGGAUUGCUGUCGGGCUAUUGCAUCAGUUAUUAUGAAGGAUAAUUGGUGGGAUUGGAGGGACGUUUGGUGGAUUCAAGAAAUGAAGAUAAGAAUUAGUGUUUCUUGAUUUUGUAACAAGGGGGAUUUAGUCACCGUUACGUUUCAGCUGUCUUUUUGUUUGCUAUGCACUAAGUUUCUUGAUCAGUUAGAUUUUACAUCUUUAGAAUUCUCCAUAGGCAGAAUCGGGUUUAGGAAUAUUCUCCACUUUUAAUUCUACUGUUUGGUGUAGGAUAGUUGUUUAUCAGCAAAGCAAGUUUUAGUAUCUUUUGACUCUGUUGGAGGAAAGGGCUCUUGCAGAGAGACUGGAGUAUUUAAGCUGUUUAAUUAGGGAUUGGGGGAAAAGGAUUGAUUCAUCAUUUGUAGUACUUGAGUUUGUAGUUGAAGAUGGCAAUGUCCUGCAAAGAGAGUGCAAAGGCAGCUGCGGCCGCGGCUGCAGCUGCAGCCAUGGAUAAUGGAAAGUAUGUGCGUUAUACGCCCGAGCAGGUUGAAGCCCUCGAGAGGCUAUACCAUGAUUGUCCAAAACCAAGCUCCAUUCGUCGCCAGCAGCUCAUUCGUGAGUGCCCCAUUUUAUCCCACAUUGAGCCUAAGCAGAUCAAAGUCUGGUUCCAGAACAGAAGAUGCAGAGAGAAGCAAAGAAAAGAAGCGUCAAGGCUUCAAGGUGUAAACAGAAAGCUGACUGCAAUGAACAAGCUGCUGAUGGAGGAGAAUGAUAGGUUGCAGAAACAAGUAUCACAUUUGGUGCAUGAGAACAGUUACUUUCGUCAGCAUACACCGAAUAAUCCACUUUCUACUAAAGACACGAGCUGUGAAUCAGUGGUGACGAGUGGUGGUCAAAAGCACCACUUGACGCCUCAGCAUCCGCCAAGGGAUGCAAGUCCUGCAGGACUUUUGUCCAUUGCAGAAGAAACUUUAGCAGAGUUUCUUUCAAAGGCUACUGGAACUGCUGUUGAGUGGGUCCAAAUGCCUGGAAUGAAGCCUGGUCCGGAUUCCAUUGGAAUCGUUGCUAUUUCUCAUGGUUGCCCUGGUGUGGCAGCACGAGCUUGCGGUCUGGUUGGUCUAGAACCCACCAGAGUCGCGGAGAUCCUGAAGGAUCGACCUUCCUGGUUCCGCGAUUGUCGAGCCGUGGAUGUGGUAAACGUGCUGCCUACUGCCAAUGGUGGAACCAUAGAACUUUUGUACAUGCAGAUAUAUGCGCCAACUACUCUGGCGCCUGGCCGUGACUUUUGGUUGCUGCGCUUUACCUCAGUCAUGGAUGAUGGCAGUUUGGUGGUCUGUGAGAGGUCACUCAGCAACACCCAAAAUGGUCCGAGCAUGCCCCCUGUUCAGAACUUUGUCAGAGCCGAGAUGUUGCCUAGUGGUUACCUAAUCAGACCUUGUGAAGGAGGAGGCUCGAUCAUCCACAUCGUAGAUCACAUGAAUUUGGAGGCAUUGAGUGUUCCCGAGGUGUUGCGCCCACUCUAUGAAUCGUCGACAGUGCUCGCUCAAAGGAUAACAACUGCUGCUGUGCGCCAUCUUAGGCAGAUAGCUCUCGACAUUUCACAGUCCAGUGUGAACAACUGGGGCAGAAGGCCAGCUGCUCUACGAGCGCUUAGCCACAGGCUGAGUAGGGGAUUCAACGAGGCUCUUAAUGGUUUUGGUGAUGAGGGGUGGUCGUUGAUAGGCAAUGAUGGCGUGGAUGAUAUCACCAUUCUUGUCAACUCGAAUCCAGAAAAAUUGAUGGGGUUGAAUAUCUCUCCCACAAGUGGAUAUAACUCCAUUUGCAGUUCGAUCUUGUGCGCCAAAGCCUCUAUGCUUUUACAGAAUGUGCCUCCUGCAAUACUGCUACGGUUUUUGCGAGAGCACAGAUCAGAAUGGGCGGACACCAACAUCGAUGCCUACUCAGCUGCUGCCGUUAAAAUUGGUCCUUGUACUUUCUUAGGUCCUCGAGUUGGUAAUUACGGGGGCCAAGUUAUGCUUCCUUUGGCUCAGACGAUUGAGCAUGAAGAGCUGCUGGAGGUGAUUAAACUCGAAGGUAUUUCCCAUACUGCUGAAGACGCGAUGAUGCCUAGGGAAGUAUUGCUCUUGCAGCUCUGUUGUGGAAUGGAUGAAAAUGCAGUGGGCACAUGUUCUGAACUCAUAUUUGCCCCUAUUGAUGCCUCUUUCGCUGAUGACGCUACACUGCUGCCGUCUGGUUUUCGCAUCAUUCCCCUUGAUUCGGGCAAGGAAGCUGGCAGUCCGAAUCGAACGCUGGACCUUGCUUCUGCUCUGGAAACUGGGGCAGCAGGGAACAAACCACCCAACGGCCUCUCUGGUAACAGUGGCGCUACAAGGUCCGUCAUGACAAUCGCCUUCCAAUUCGCGUUUGAAAGCCACAUGCAAGAUAACGUGGCGUGCAUGGCCCGGCAAUAUGUUCGCAGCAUUAUAUCAUCAGUUCAACGUGUCGCGUUAGCUCUGUCCCCCUCUGGUGUCGGUCCUCUUCGCUCACCACUUGGGACUCCCGAAGCACAUACCCUCGCUCGUUGGAUCUGCCAAAGCUAUAGGAGCUUUAUGGGUGUCGAGCUUCUCAAAUCGAGUGGUGGAGGGAACGAUUCCAUCCUUAAGGAGCUGUGGCACCAUUCGGAUGCCAUUAUGUGCUGCUCUAUGAAGGCAGCGUCGGAUUUCACGUUUGCAAACCAGGCCGGCGUAGACAUGCUGGAGACGACCCUCGUUGCGCUUCAAGACAUCUCUCUGGAGAAAAUAUUCGAUGAUCAUGGGCGCAAGAACAUCUGCUCCGAGUUCCCACAGAUAAUGAAUCAGGGUUUCGCCACUCUCCCGGGAGGCAUCUGUUUGUCGAGCAUGGGCAGGCCCGUCUCGUACGAGAGAGCUGUCGCGUGGAAAGUCCUGAACGACGAUGAAAAUGCUCAUUGCAUCUGCUUUAUGUUCGUGAACUGGUCGUUUGUUUGAAGUAGCUGGAGAUGUUCGUUUGAAUGAUUAACAGCACCAGUAACUAUGUUGUCUUGAUCAUGUCUUGUUUCUAUUGCAGGAAAAUUGAUGUUUGUAUUUUGCUUAGAUACUAGUUUUUUCCUUUUUGGGGUUGAUGCAGUUGUUUAUGAAUGAUGACUGGUUUGGAACCUUACUUCUUUUAGUAAAUAUUAGACCUCCUUUGAACA